CAAAUACACCAAAUUCCUUUAACUACAUUUCGGUUUGCUUACUAAUGGCUUCUUCACCUGUUCUUGUUCUUCUCUUUCUCAUAAUGGGUUUUCUCGGGGCGGUUUUCUGUGUUUCUUCCCCUGCAGAGACCAAUACCCUAAACCCGGGGCAGAUGCUCAGAGACUGGGAGCAACUGAUUUCUCCAAGCGGAAUCUUCAGGCUCGGGUUCUUUACCCCCGAGAAAACACCCAGCUCCUUACUCGGGCCGGCUGGUCCUCGGUAUAUUGGUAUCUGGUUUGACAGAAUACAGAUAAACCCGGUAUGGGUUGGCAAUCCAAUGAACCCGGUUAUCGAUUCCUCUGGUGCUUUAACCAUUGGUCCAGAUGGAAUUCUUAAGAUCACACAAGCGAACGGUUCUCCCAUCAUGGUGAACCCAAAACCCCAGCUUUCUUUGGCUGGAAAUGUGUCAGCCACUUUACUUGAUUCUGGGAACUUUAUCGUCAGAGAGGUUGGAGCAGGUGGAGUUCCAGGCCGUGUUCUGUGGCAGAGCUUCGAUUAUCCCAGCAACGUGCUGCUUCCCGGGAUGAAGAUUGGGUUUAACUUGAAAACCGGAAAGGAAGUCUCAGUUAAAUCUUGGAUAUGUAACCAAGUCCCUUCCCCAGGAGCAUUCAGGCUUGGUCUGGAUCCAUCUGGCGCAGAUCAGUUACUCAUAUGGCGCCGCAAUGAAGUCUACUGGUCCAGCGGAAUCUGGAAGAAUGGAACUUCUUCCCAUCUAAACCUGGAAUUAUCCCGGGAAUACAUUGAUUAUGAGUUCAAAUUCCAUUCAGACAAGUAUGAUAGAUACUUCACUUACUUUAUCAAGGACACAAACCAGUCAGUUCUGUCCAGGUGGUACUUGGAUACUCUCGGCCAGGUAACAGUGAACAAUGUGAUCAGCAGCAAUGGGAGCACUCACUGGAUUCUUGAAAGCAGCGAAACAUGCAGAACAGGUUUGAAGAAUGCAUCAGCACUCUGCAUUUCGGAGAAACCAACGGCUUGUAGGAAGGGCUCGGAGUAUUUUGAGCCAAAAAGAGGAUACAUGCUACAAGAAUUAGGUAAAAACGACCUCAGUUAUUACGAUGGUAAUUCAAGCCUGGAUCUUAGCGAUUGCCAUGCUAGCUGCUGGAGAAACUGUUCUUGCAUUGCCUUCCAAACCUUUUCUGGCGGCUUUGGAUGCCAAUUCUGGCCAAAGGGAUCAAAGUUCACUCCUGAGGAGACGUCUGACCAAUUAACUUAUGUUCUCGAUUCUGCAAAGCUCUGAGCUUUACCUAUGGUACCAU